AUGUCACAACUCAAACCGGGAUGCCAUUCUGUUUCUUCUUCCUCAGCCAAUCUCUUCACAUUCUACAUGAUCUGCUUCCGUACGUGUGGAAUGUCUGACACGGCUAUUAUCUAUCUGAGCUGCUUGGCCAUCAUGGACACCUUCUACCUGGUGUGGGUCAUCCUGCUGGACCUGACGCUCACCUUCUGGCAGCUGCAGCCCUUCUGGCACUCCUACCCGGCCUGCGGCAUCAUGGGCUUCCUGCAGUACGGCUCGCUGUACAGCUCCUCCUGGAUCGUGGUGGUGUUUACCAUUGAACGCUACCUGGUCCUCAGCAGCACGUCCGCCAAGCAGCACUUCUCCCAGGCCAAGGUUACUAGGCUGACCUGUGUGUCUAUCAUCCUGGUCUCCCACCUGGCCUCCGUGCCCAUGGGCUGGAUCAAUGUGGUGAUGCCGAAGAAUUUCACCAUAGAGGGGAAGAAUGUGACUCUGCCCUGGUGUCACUACAGGGGCCAUAUCUAUUCUACCGUCCUGGUGUGGGUUACUACUUUCCUCUCCGGUGGUAUUCCCAUCAUCCUGGUCACCAUCUUCAACUCGCUGAUCGGCCACCACCUGACUCAUGCCAGAAGGAUGUUCACCAAGGAGGAGCGGCGGGUCAUGCGGGGGGGGAGCACCAAGGGCAUGGUGCGGAGGACCAUCUUCCUGCUUGGCACAGUGUCGGUGACCUUCGUGGUGCUCAGCCUGCCACGCUUCGUCACCUACUGUAUCCUGCGCACCAAGUACAACCAUGACUGGUUCGACCGGAACGACUACCGCAUUCCCAUCAACGUGAUUAGUGACCUGGCCAACAUGCUGCAGAACCUCAACUCCACCACCAACUUCCUGCUCUACUGCAUGGUGAGCCGGCGCUUCCGCCAGGAGCUGCUCCACACGCUCACCUGCAAGGCCAAGGCCCGAGAGCUGGGCUCCUUCCUCACCCAGACCACAAUGAAGGUGUUCUCUGUGGUGGACCAUAAAACACAGCCGACCAGAGACCACGUCACUGUAGUCCUCACCAACCUCAAACAGAUCCAGUAG